UUCUUCUGGAGGCCUGCCACAACGAGCAGUCAUGUCUUCAGGACCGGGCAGGUCUGGAGGCCAUCACGCAGCUGCAUAGGCAGCUGGAUGACGACGCCAACGGGAACGUAGACCUGAGCGAGAGUGAUGACUUCCUCCGCGAAGAGUUGCAGUACGACAGCGGCUACGAGAAGCGGCAGCGAGCGUUCCACCACAAUGACGACAUGCACAUAUCGGUCAAGGAGCUCUGGGAGGCGUGGCUACGCUCCGAGGUCCACAAUUGGACGGUGGAGCAGACAGUCGAAUGGCUGUCCCAGUCGGUGGAUCUUCCUCAAUACAAGACGCUGUUUCUCCAGCACAAAGUCACCGGCGCCACUCUGCCCAGGUUAGCGGUGAACAACAUGCAGUAUGUCAGCAACGUGCUAGGCAUCAAGGACCCCAUUCACAAGCAGAAGCUGGCUCUGAAGGCCAUGGAUGUAGUGCUAUUCGGCCCCCCCAAAGAAGGUAGUAGAUGGAAGGACUGGCUCCUCGCUUCUCUACUGUUGGGCGCGGUGGUGGGCGGCUGGGCGGCUCUUCGGGCCGGGCGCGCCAGCCGCUCGCAGGUGCAGCGUAUGCUGCGUGACAUGGAGCAGCUGAAGAAGGCUGAGAUGGCCCUGGACGACAUGCAGAAGGAGCUGGAGAGGGCUAGGCAGGAGCAGGAAAACGUGAAUACUGAAAAGAAGAAUCUUGAGAAAAAACUACGAGAGGCCGGCGACACUCCGUUGUUGAACUCCACUUCUUCAGACCUGGAGGUGUCGCAGCUCAAAGCAGAAAUCGAGAUGCUCCGAGCAGAGCUUCGCCGCGCUGAAGGCGAGUUAGAAGACAGGUGCUGGGCCCCACCAGCUGGCUUGCAGCAGUGGCUACAGCUAACCCACGAGGUCGAGAACCGCUCCUACCUCCGCAAGAAGCAGCAGGCUGAUAUGCAGCUGCAGCAAGCUAGAGAAGCUUGCGAGAAACUCCGCAAGAAGCGAUCGAGUCUAGUCGGCGCGUUCGUUUCGACGCAUGGCAAGUCGAUCGACGACGUCGACAAAUCCAUUGUCGAAGCGCGCACCGCUCUCAACGAAGUCACUCAGGAACUACAGGAGAGAAUGCACAGGUGGAAACAGAUCGAGCGUCUGUGCGGCUUCAACAUCAUCAAGAACAACGGGCUGCAGCACUUAGAAACCGCGCUCUACAGGAAUAUUAACGGCAGGCUCGGCGGUAGAGUGCGUAUGAGCAGUUCUCAAGACGACUUAAGCGUGGGCGACGACACGUCACUAUGCGGCUCAGUUGCUGACAAUUUCGGGUGGCGAGAAGAUUCCUCUGGCAGCGAAACCGAUGCCCCCCACUACCCCCUUGAUUUGAGAUUGGCCGAAGCGAGGCUACAACUAGAAGAGCGCCUAGCUCAAGAGGCGAGAGAGAAGAGGAUAGACGAUCGACUGGAGAGGAGGCUUGAAGAGAAGAAGGCUUCGAUCGAGGAGCUGCGGUCCAAGUGUCUGUACACCGAGUCGCUGAAGGGCUCGGAGGACCGACGGCGCGACCCGGUGCACUUUGUGCUGGGGGGAGACAACGUGAACUGGACAGGCGAGGACCUAUCCCGCGCGUCCCAUUCCCAGUCCCAGCCUCAGCUGCGCGCUUCCAUGCGUAGCGUGGCCGCGCCGCUGCCGCCGCCGCGCCGCCCGCCGCCCGCCGGCGCCAUCGUCCGCUCGCGGAGCACCGACGUCGUCGCCGGGAUCGACGAGCCGAGAGCGCCGCCGAGGCAUCCGUUUGUGAAGCAGAAGACACUCGUUGAAGGUGCCAUCGAAUCCGACGCACCAUCGCCUUCCAGCAACACGCCACCUGAAGAAGAGUCCACAGACUCCUCAUUGAUGGAGGACGAAAGCGCGCCCAAGCCUCGCAAGCGGCGCCUGCACCUGCCCUUCGGAAAGAAAGCCAAAACGCCGGCGUGACACGAGCUCACAGCGGCUUAGGUAGGUACUUACGCCUUAUGCUUCAACCACAAGAUGCUGAUCGCCAUCGCCGGCGCGAUCCUAUGAUCGAUUGUCCUAUGACAAUGACAGUGGCCUAUUUUUUUUUUUUUUGUGGCAACCAAACCUCUCUCUCAGGUUUA